CAGCCUGGGGGCAACUGACCUCGCCAGUGAAGUCUGUACUCUGAAAAAACAUCCGACCAUAGCACAAGGCACUUUCUGGGCAGAUCCCAAACACUCCUGCACGUUUAUUAAGAGGAAGGCUCGCAGCAUGAGCACUGAAGGCGGGGGAGGAGAGCGGGGACCCGGCUGCAGAGGCCGCUGAGCUCUCAGGACCCCAUUCAAAAGGCCUGCAGAUGCCCGGAACUCCCGCAGGGGGCAGGCGCCUGGUUGAGCAAUCGAACAGCGCCGAGAUUGCGGGGGCGCCGGGCGGUGCUGCUGGGCUAGCGGGGGUCUGGGAUUAGCGGCGAGGCCAGCGCAGUGCCAGGCGCUAAUCCCAGGCAAGCCCCGGCCCCGGCCCCUCUUGCGACACGCGCUCGCAGCCCACUCCCCGCGGACGGACCCCCGGGCCCGGCGCUUCCUGCGCCGCGGGUUCUCGUCCCUCCCAGCCCAGGGCGCAGCUGGGGAUUGGCAGAGCCCAGCCCCUGGCUGACUCAGGAGCCGCAACCUUCCCUUAAGUGCUGCUGCCGAGGCGGGGGGGAACCGGCCCGGCCGCGCAGGAAGCAGCUGCAGCUCCAGGACCGCGGCGCUGAGCAUGGCCAGGCUGCCCCGGCAUCUCCUGCUGCUGCUCUGGGGCUGCCUCUGCCCGGCCUCCGACGCCGGCCUCUACUUCAGGGAAGGGCAGCACUGCUACAAACCGGCCCCGCGCAAGCCGCCCGGGCUCAGAACCUACCCUCGACCUCACGAGUACCUGGACAUCGCUAAACUUCCCCAGAGCUGGGAUUGGCGAAAUGUAAAUGGAACCAAUUUUGCCAGUACCACUCGGAACCAGCACAUUCCUCAGUACUGUGGGUCUUGUUGGGCUCAUGGCAGCACCAGUGCCUUAGCAGACCGCAUCAACAUUAAGAGAAAAGGUGCUUGGCCUUCUGCCUACCUCUCUGUUCAGAAUGUUAUUGACUGUGCCAACGCAGGGUCCUGUGAAGGUGGAGACCACACAGGUGUUUGGAUGUAUGCUCACGACCAUGGCAUUCCAGAUGAGACCUGUAACAACUACCAAGCCAAAGACCAAACAUGCAAGAAGUUUAACCAGUGUGGAACAUGUGUUACCUUUGGGGAAUGCCACGUGAUAAAGAACUACACCCUCUGGAAAACUGCUGACUAUGGCUCUGUCAGUGGGAGGGAAAAAAUGAUAGCAGAAAUCUAUGCCAAUGGUCCAAUCAGUUGUGGCAUAAUGGCUACUGCACAGCUGGAUGCGUACACUGGAGGACUUUAUGCUGAAUACAACCCCUCUCCUAUGGUGAAUCACAUUGUAUCUGUGGCUGGCUGGGGUGUGGAAAAUGGAACUGAAUACUGGAUUGUUCGUAACUCCUGGGGAGAACCAUGGGGUGAACUGGGCUGGCUGAGGAUUGUGACAAGCGCAUAUAAAGGUGGAAAAGGAGCCAAGUACAAUCUCGCUAUUGAAGAGGAUUGUGCCUACGGGGAUCCUGUAUUACCUUGAUUGUUUCUAGGGUUUAUGGGGUACUUUCUGGCUUUGAAAUUUUAUUUCCCACCCCCCCUCCAUCAAGGUGUGUGUUUUUUGUUUUUUUUUUUUAAUUAAAAGGCAGUUUAACUAUUCUGUAGUAAAGAAUGACCAGGCAGUUAAGAGGAAUUCACUCAGAUAACCAUGAUGUUUUAGAAGUGGAAAAACUGCCUCUAAAUUUUUAACUUGCACUGCAUAUUUAAAAGCAGCUGUUAAGACAAAUUUGCUUAUCCUCUGCUUUACAUGCCUGGUACUUACCAAACAACAUAUCAGAAGUUAUAAGUACAAAUCCUCUCAUUGGAAAAAUCAUUCUCACUUGUCAAUAUUUAAUCUGAAGGAAUAUAUAAGAUUUGUUUUACACUUUUGUAACAAAGGAGGUUUUCCUUCUAGUACAAACUUUAAAGUUUGCUCUAAGCAAGAGGUAGUGAUUUCUUCUAAAAAUUUGGGUUUAGACUUGCAAAUUAUAUACACAAAGUAAAUAUCACUGAGCUACAUAAAUACAGAAACCGUACUGUUUUUUGUUCUCUAUUUUAAAAUAGUGUCCUAUAGUCAUUCUAUUGUUUCACUAGUGCAUGUCUUGCACUGCAGAUUGUCAUUUUUAUCUGAUUGAAAAUGAUGCAACAGUAACCAAAUCUCUUUAAAACUACCGGAAAAUGUUUAAUAUAAGCACUGAUUGUUAUUGCCUGAUACUUUCUUUACUCUAAUUCUAGGCUUUGGUAUUUGAAUGGCUGUGCUAUUUUUCUGUACAAGGACAAUGACAGGUGUUUUUUUAAAGGGGGGGGGGAAUGGGAAUAGGGUUCUAAUAAGAUAUAGCUUUUAACAUGUGCUCUUAACAUACCAUCUUUUCUUGUAUGGUAUCUUCCUCUUUCCUGCUUACUCAACCUUAUGUGCCUAGUUCCCUAAUGGUGUGAAUUACAACCCAAACCGUAUCAACUAUUAACUGAACCACAGUUAUUAAAAUGACAUUGUUUCUUA